AUGGUUGGAAAUCCGAGAAACAUUACCACAAUGUUACCAACAUCAUCAUACCCAUCCCGGGCAGCAUCGGUGCCGGUGGUCGGACCGGGCGCACCACCGUGCCGGGGCACACCGACCAGACCGAGAAUGCUGCUGGUCAUGGUGUCUACUGCCGUGCUGCUGCUACUGCUGCUUCCGGGCGUAGUGCUGGGAGAUUAUGAAAAUACAUGGAACUCGUACUACGAGCAACCGUGCUGCGGUGGCACCACCAACGGGCCCUUCCAUCUGCGCCACCACGGAGAUCACGUACGGGAGUUCCAGUGCGGCAAAUUCUACUACCGAACAUUCUACAUGGAUGAGGACCGGGACACGCUGUACGUCGGUGCCAUGAACCGAGUGUACAAGCUAAAUUUGAAAAACAUCAGCAUGACAUCAUGCGAGAAAGACUCCAUGCUACUCGAUCCCACCGGGGCCGACAUCCGGAACUGUGUGUCACGUGGUAAAAGUGAGAUGUUUGAUUGCAAAAAUCACAUUCGAGUCAUUCAGCCAAUGGACAACGGAACGAGACUCUACAUUUGUGGCACGAACGCCCACAGCCCGAAGGAUGUUGUAAUAUUUCGAAACUUAACUCACUUGCCACGGUCAGAGUAUGUGCCCGGGGUCGGUCUCGGUGUUGCCAAGUGUCCCUACGAUCCCAUCGACAACUCCACCGCCAUCUACGUGCACGAGGGCAAUCCCGGUGGUUUACCGGCGCUGUAUUCCGGUACGAAUGCCGAGUUCACCAAGGCGGAUACGGUCAUAUUCCGGGCGGAUCUGUACGAGAUGUCCUCCGGGAAGAAGAUGUACAACUUCAAGCGUACGCUCAAGUACGACUCCAAGUGGCUGGAUAAGCCCAACUUUGUCGGUUCGUUCGAUAUCGGUGAGUACGUGUACUUCUUUUUCCGUGAAAUAGCGGUCGAGUACAUCAACUGCGGCAAGGCGGUCUACUCGCGGGUGGCACGCGUCUGCAAGAAGGACACCGGUGGCAAGAACAUCCUCAACCAGAACUGGGCGACCUAUUUAAAGGCGCGGCUGAACUGCAGCAUAUCGGGCGAAUUCCCGUUUUACUUUAACGAGAUCCAGGACGUGUACCAGAUGCCAACGGAUAAGACGAGGUUCUAUGCCACCUUCACGACCAGCACGAACGGGUUGGUCGGGUCGGCCGUGUGUAGUUUUAGCUUGGGAGAAAUCCAUUCCGCGUUCGCCGGUAAAUUCAAAGAACAAGCUACUUCCAACUCCGCCUGGCUACCGGUGAUGAGCUCCAAGAUACCUGAACCCCGACCUGGAACAUGUGUGGAGGAUACGACCACACUACCGGACGCUGUACUUAACUUCAUCCGAUCACACCCUCUGAUGGAUCGUGCGAUCACCCAUGACUAUGGUAAUCCCGUCUUUUACAAGCGCGAUCUCAUCCUCACGAAGCUGGUCGUCGACAAGAUCAGUAUCGACAUUCUGAACCAGGAAUAUUUGGUGUACUAUCUGGCGACGAACGAGGGUCGCAUCCACAAGGUGGUACAGUACUUCCACGAUGGACAAUCACGGGCAAAACUGUUGGACAUCUUCGAUGUGGCCCCUAACGAACCGAUCCAGGUGAUGCGGCUCAGUCAGCGGUACAAGUCGCUGUACAUUGGCACCGAUUCGCGCAUCAAACAGAUCGAUCUGGUUAUGUGCAAUCGGCGGUAUGAUAGCUGCUACCGGUGUGUACAGGAUCCGUACUGUGGCUGGGAUCGUGACAGUGGUAGCUGUAGACCGUAUCAACUAGGAUUCCUUCAGGAUGUUGGCAACCGGACGUCGGACAUUUGUGACACGAACGUGAUGCGGAAGAAAAUUAUCGUCACCUUCGGGCAGAGCGUACAUCUCGGGUGUUUCGCACGGGUACCGGAAAUCCUGAAGCACCAACCGGUCACCUGGUACCAUCAUUCGAAGGAGCGGGGCCGGUACGAGGUACGGUACAGCGUUACCAAGCACAUCGAAACGUCCGAAGGUGGGCUGGUGGUGAUUGCGAUCAACGAAGCGGACAGUGGCCGGUACGAUUGCUAUCUCGGCGGUUCGCUACUGUGCAGCUUCAGUCUGGUUGUGGAUGCUCAUCGGUGUACGGCUCCGAGCAAGGGUAACGAUUAUCAAAAAAUCUACUCCGAUUGGUGCCACGAGUUCGAACGAUACAAAUCCGCCUUGAAGCGAUGGGAAGCGAAGCAAUCGCAAUGCUCAACAAACCCAAAGGACAAUGAGCUGGACCUGUACCAAGGCAACGGAAACGUUUGAUGAUAAGGUUCCAAGCACCUCAUCAACAGGAAUCGUUACAUUUUAACAAGCAAAACAACAACAACAACAACAACAAUGUCUGUGAUAAGCGAAGGAAAUCCUAUGACAAUGCACAAACAAAAUAAAAUAUUGAACGAAAGAUAACAACCUAGCAGGAGCGAAUUACACUACAAGAAGCAAACACUUUAGCAAUGAGUAAACGGAAAAUGUAGCGUGUUUAGUAAAACAAAACCCCCGAAAGCGUCAAAACCCCGCCAGUUCCCCGCCCACACCCCGUUUGUGAGUAGCAAUGUUUCGUCGUAAGUCAGCAUUAGGAGCAAAUGUUAGCUGGAUGGAUGGAUAUUGUUGCAGUCGCAUGUAAAACUGCAAUCCCAAAAACACAAAGCGAACCUGCUCGAUAUAUCGUAGUAAAAUGAGGUAGAGGCAAAAAACGUAAAGCCAGUAGACGUAUGCAGUGCGGAAGCUUGAUAGUAAAGAUACCAAUUCCGACGGCUGUUAUAAUGGCCGCUUCUGCUUUAGCGUACAUCACUGUACAUCGAAUUUCUGAACUUACCGAAUGUGUAGCUAUGUGCACUGUCGAACACGGGGAACAGUAGCGUUAUUUUUUUAUGUCAAACAAAAAAAAAACCCCAAAAACGGACGGUUGGAAGGGAAUUGCGAUCGCACUCCAUUCAGAUUAGGUGAAAUACACGCCGGACAUCCGUUCAACCGAGCAUGGGUUAAAGGAUAUUCACAUUCAUUUUAAAUCAUUUGUACAAUAAACAAGCAAUGGCUUCAACCGCGACUGAUCGUGCUAUCCCGAACUCACAGCAUCGCACAUCGAUUCUCAUGCUCGGCUUCAUCUGACACCGGCGCGAGUCUGGCUCGGGGUGUGCUCCAGUGUGUUCAAGUGCCAGCAAGUAAAGCAAUCACGCCCUUUAACGCACGUUCGGUCGCAGGUGUAGAGACUGAACCGGUCGGUCAGUAUUUUUAAAACGGAACAACUCUCCACGGUAGCAUACUAAACUAGAGAAAAACUCUUCACUGAUACCUAAACAGAUACACACACCCACACAUACAGACACACACAAAACACGCAAAGUGAAAAUGAAAACCGAAACACGAACGACGAUCGAUCGAAACAAAAAAUUUCGCAAAAUCUGUGAUAACUUUAGCGUUUAAGUGGCUCAAAUGGAAUAGAUUUCGCGGUUUUGAAAGUGGUAGGGAAUACAAAUAGGGAAAAGCAUAAUAAAUAGUGCAGGAAACACAAAAAAAACAAAACAAACGAAAACAAAAUAGGAACACGGACGAAUAUUAUUACUAGCAUAUAUGAGCGUGGCGGAAUGAAUUGAAAUGAGAGCAACAAAAAAAAAACACGGAAAUCGUCAACUAAUUGAAGGACUAGACUGUCUCGUGUUUUCGCUUCUGUUUUUUUUUUUCCUGGGACAAAACCUCAUUUGUCACC